AUGGACGGCCCGGAAGCCAAGCCGUCGGUUUUGGACGGUCAGGAAGCCAAGUCGCCAGUUAUGGACGGCCCGGAAGCCAGGCCGUCGUUGGGCGCCGUCGCUCCGACGUCGUCGUCGCGUCGGCUGCUGUACGCCCUGACGGCACUCUCGGCGAUCGGCGGCUUCCUGUUCGGCUACGACACAGGCGUCGUGUCGGGCGCCAUGCUGCUGGUGCGCGAGGACAUGGCGCUCGACGACCUCUGGCACGAGCUGAUCGUGUCAGCCACCAUCGGCACCGCCGGCGUGUUCGCGCUGGUGGGCGGCGACGCCGCCGACCGGUUCGGACGCAAACCCGUGAUCCUGGCCGCCAGCGUGGUGUUCGUCGCCGGCAGCGUGCUGAUGGCCGUCUCCGGGACCAAGGAGGUGCUCCUGGUCGGCAGGAUCAUCAUCGGAGUCGGCAUCGGCCUGUCGAGCAUGUCGGUGCCGAUAUACAUCUCGGAGGCGGCGCCGGCGGCGGUGCGCGGAAGACUCGUCACCGUGAACGUGGCGUUCAUCACGGGCGGCCAGCUGGCAGCCUCGCUGAUCUGCGGGGCGUUUUCAGGGGUGGACCACGGCUGGCGCUACAUGCUCGGCCUGGCCGCCGUGCCGGCCGCGCUGCAGACGCUCGGCUUCCUCGCCAUGCCGGAGACGCCGCGCUACCUGGCCACCCGCGGCCGGCGCGACGCCGCGCUACAGGUGCUGCUGCGACUGCGGGGCGCGCCGGUCAUCGCCGAGGGCGAGCUGCGCGACGUCGAGCGCGACAUCGCGCAGGAGCACGAGGAGCGCUCCUCGCGUCCGUCUAACGUGCUGCUGGCGGUGCUGUCGGCGGCGGGCACGCGGCGCGCGCUGGCUGUCGGCUGCGGUCUGCAGGUGUUCCAGCAGCUAGCCGGCAUCAACACGGUCAUGUACUACAGCGCCAGCAUCAUCACACUGGCAGGCGUGCGCGACCCAACCACGGCCAUCUGGUUGGCUGCCGCGCUCUCCGCCAUCAACUUCAGCUUCACGUUCGUGAGUAUGGCGCUUGUUGAGCGGCUGGGUCGGCGUCCGCUGACGCUCAGCAGCAUGGCUGGCUCAGCGCUCAGCCUGGUGGUGCUAGCUGCCAGCUUCCACAUCAGCUACCAGCACUCGGCGCCGGUCCAGCUGUGGCCGUCCGACAGUUGCCACUACUCCAUCUGUGACGACUGUGUCGUCUCGGCCGACUGCGGCUUCUGCUUCCUGGAGGCGGCAGACGGCGGCGCGCUCAACGGCUCGUGCGUGCCUUUCGUGUCCCGCCAGAACACCUCAGCGGUGGUGGGACGAUGCGUCGGUCUGUCCGCCGCCGCCGGAGACACCUUCACCUGGGCGCCCGACUGGUGUCCGUCCGACUACUCCUGGAUGCCAAUCCUCGGCCUCUCGCUCUACCUGGUCUGUUUCGCCUCCGGCAUGGGCCCGAUGCCAUGGACCAUCAACUCGGAGAUCUAUCCGCUGUGGGCGCGUGGCACGUGCAACGCCAUCGCCACGUCCUGUAACUGGUUCUUCAACCUGCUCGUGUCGCUCACGUUCCUGACGCUGACGACGGCCAUGACGAAGCACGGUACGUUCUACAUGUACGCCGGCCUGGCGUCGCUCGGCCUGGUGUUCUUCUACCUGACCGUGCCGGAGACGAAGGGUGUCUCCUUGGAGAGGAUCGGGGAGCUGUUUGAGAAGCCCUGGGGCCUGCACCCGCCAGCCCGACUGGCGCCGGACGCGGUGGAGGAGAAACCGGAGGGCAGCCGCGCAUGCAGUGUGUCGGUCCAGCAGUACUCGAACCCCGCAUUCCUCGGUGAUGACGGAGCGUAG